AUGCGCUACGGCCCGAAUCAGCUCUACGUCAACACGCCGAAGGGUCUACGCGACGUUUAUGGCCCGACCACGUCUAACAAGUUCCUCAAGAGCUCCCACUACGAAGUCAUGACUCACCAGGCUGCCAACACCUUCACUCACCGGGGCGGUAAAGAGCAUCUCCGCCGUCGUCGAAUCAUGGCCCAGGCUGUAUCAACCAAAGCUCAGCUGGAAUACGAGCCACGUCUGGUCGGGCACAUUCAAAAGUUCUGCAAUGCUGUCUUCAAGGGGGAACCCAUGAACAUGGCUAAAUGGUGCAAUUACCUAGCUUUCGAUUCCAUGACGGACGUCGUCUUUGGAGCGCAGUACAACUUACUCGGCGACGAAAAGUUCCGCUACGUGCCAGAAAUGAUCGAAAAGUCAAACGUCAGGAUCUCUUCUCUGGUCCAAUUUCCGGGCCUGACCUGGUUACGCCUAGACAAACACCUCUUCCAGGAAGCCAUCUACGCGCGCAACCGUUUCCUGAAGUUCGUCUUCCGUCUUCUUAGUGACCGCAGGGCUUUGAGCCACGGCACUGCACGCGGUGUGUUCGAAAACCCCUCCAUUUCUUUGGACGUCUACAGCCGACUGCAGGACGCCCGCGACCCCGUCACGGGCGAGGGCUUCGGCCACGAUGAAAUUGCCAGCGAGAGCACUACUCUCAUCGUCGCCGGAUCCGACACAUCGGCCUGCGCGACGGCAUCGAUUCUUUUCUACUUAGCCAACAACCCACACGCCUAUGCGCGAGUCGCCGAAGAGGUGAGGGCUGUGCGCUCUUCCCGCCCCGGUCAUCUCGCAGCCGCAGACUUGGCCGGAUGCAAGUACCUGCGCGCCUGUAUCGACGAAGCGCUUCGCAUGUCGCCGCCCGUGGGAACUGGCCUGAUGCGCGAGGUCGCGGCCCCCGGCGGCCUGGUCGUCGACGGCCACGUCGUACCGAUGGGUUGCGAGGUCGGUGUGGGGACGUAUGCCAUUCACCACAGCACGCGCGCCUUUGAAGAUCCCUUCGUCUACCGGCCUGAGAGAUGGCUGGCACCGGACGAGAGCGCGCACGCGCGCGCCUGCUUUGUGCCCUUCUCGGCUGGCAUUCGGAGUUGUCUCGGCAAAGGGCUGGCGUACACCGAGGUGACACUGACCAUCGGCCAUCUCCUGUGGCUUGGCGAUUUCAAGUUGGUUGCUGACGCUGAAUUGGCCGCCGUGGGCCGUGGGAGUAGGAAACUUGGGGUGGAUGGGAGACAUCGGGAGGGCGAGUAUCAGUUGUACGAUCACAUUGCUGGGCAGAAGAAUGGGCCCUGGUUACAAUUCACGAGAAGAGCCGAAGUACAAUAG